CACCAUGACAUGUAGACAGAAACCACAUUUCAUUUAACAUAAAUGAGAAUGAGCUGUGGUUUGCUAAACUAAGAACAUCAAACACUCUUGCAUAGUUUCUGUGCUCUGUGGAAAUACUUUGCUACAAGAUUUAGGGCAUAUUGAGAGUACGGUACAGCGCGUAAAUGAAUCAUAAGAUCAAGGCACGAUCUCUGUGUCUUGUUUUAUUAUGACAUACUAUCCCUAGCCCUAUCAAACAUAAUCAUCAACUUCCUGGUAGCUAGAGUCAGGCUGUUAAGUAGAUACAGGGGGCCAUCAGUCUAGUUGAGUGACUAAGCCAAUAUCAAAUUAGAUCAUUGUCUGAGGAAAGCUCACAUCAUAAAAGGUACUCAUCUCACACCUUUUAACCCAAGACAAGUAAUCAAACAUUCACUGAGUAUCAGGCUCAGAUCAAGGCUUACCAAUGCAUUAAUCAUCUCAAGCAUAAAGCAGUUAAGCAAGGGGAAAAUGGUCACAAUACAAACAGAAUAAACACCUAUAAUGAAUAAAGUGACGUUUAAAGGCCGGAGUUUAAAUCAUGUAACAGAUCUGUAAAGAAGAGGUCAUGUCCUCCCAAAGUCUCGAAAACCUGUUUUAAUCUUAAGAGCUGUCUGGACUUGUAACUGCAGUAUCGCAGGAGUUUGAAGCAUGCAAAGUUUGAGGCAUGCAGAGUUGAGUGAGAGGCCCAGAGCAAACCCUCUCUCCUCCUCCCUUAGGACGCAACAUUCCUUGCAAACCCAUUGAAUUUUCCUUACAUAGUAGAACAAAAUCACAGCAGCACUAUAUCCAUCUCCUCGAGGCCUACGCGUACAUUCAUCAUCAAUUCCCAGGGAGCCACAUCUGCUUUCUCUGAGGACAAAGUUCCUUUGAAAUAUUCCAUUUUAACAUUUAAGCAUCUGUGAAGAAUGUGCGCGAUAUUGAGCAAAGAGCAGGAAGCGUCAGAAAGCUGUCGUUCAGUAGCUAGUAGAGUAAGAAAAAUGGUUAUUCUCACAGUUGGUGCCAGGACAUUGAAUUAUGCAUUACAGGAAUAUGAACCGUUGGCUGCCGGUCAGAAGUCAAUCAGCUUUAGCAACCAGUAACAGAAUGUUUCCACAGGGAUCCAGCAAGGACUUUUCAGGGCUUAACACAGCAUGUGGACUUUGACUGAGUUUCAUCUCUUAAGGACACCAGCUUUGUGCUUACUUUGAUGUUUACUACGUCUUAUAUUGCUGUGAAGAAACUGUCUUUUGGUGCUAUGUAUUUCCAAUGUUACAGGCAGGUUUUCCUCCUUGUUAGGACCACUGAUCCUGCCUUGAAAAAGCAGCUGUUGACUCACCUCCUCAGGCUACAGUGUGAGGCGGAGCUAAGAGCACAGGGCUGAACUGCAACCAAACUCAAAGCAACCGCGAAGCAUUUGCUCUGCACUCUGAGAGAAGCACUUCAAGACUAAGGAGAUCCAAACCCCACAGACUUUUGAAAACUGGAAAAGCACCAGAGGACUGACAUCUAAAACCUAAAAGAGGAGUGAAACAGGAAGGCAGUGAAGAAACUUGUUUGGCAAGUUCUUUUGUGGCAAGUUUUUGUGGUUGAGACUUCACGUUUGAAGUGAUUUCCUUGUCAGGUUAGAGGAGAACACUUCUGUAAAAUGGAAAACACCACUGCUUCUCCUUACCAGAGUAUCGAGGACUGCCUUGCCACAAACAAGGUUCUGUAUAAAUUCUAUGCGGCUGUCAUAAUUAUCAUUUUCAUCCUGGCAUUGCCUCUGAACGCGUCUGUCCUCCACCUCUUCAUAUUCAAGCUGAAAUUCUGGAAAUCCAACACUAACAACGUCUUCCUGUUCAACCUGGUACUGGCCGACAUUCUGCUGCUCUUCUGUUUGCCCAUAAAGGCUUACAACUUCAUCCAAGGGGAGAGGAGGAGUGAUAACGACAGUGUUUGCAAAGCCAUGCUCUUCAUGUUGUUUUUAAACCGCGGGGCCAGCAUUGCCUUCCUCACGGUCACUUCCAUUGAUCGAUAUUUUAACGUGGUGCAUCCGGGACGAAAGAAUCUUUUAAGAGCUCUCAAGAAAUCUCCUCACAUCUCGAUCCUCAUCUGGGUGCUUCUUCUGCCUCUCACUAUCCCCACCAUGCUCAAAAACUUUGACUGCUGCAACAGUCAUGGCAAAGUCUCAGGUGAAACUCCAGAAGAUGCCUUGAUUAAGGAUGUGGUGGACAGUAUGCGAGAGGUGGUCUUCUUCACCCAGAUCCUCAUCCCCUUCGUCAUCCUGGUCUACUGCACCGUGCACAUCGUCAACCGGCUCAGGAAGAAGACGGUCGGCAACCGGACGAAGCUGAAGAGAGCGGUGUUCCUGGUGACCUCCGUCAUGGUAGUGUUCUCCUUCUGCUUCCUGCCCUGCACCAUCGCCAGGAUUAUCCUGCUGAUCGCCCGCGUCAAAGAAUGGCCUUUAUACCAGCAGGACAAAGCCGCGGUGGCCUUCGACGGCCUCAUGGUGCUCUCCUACAUGGACUGUCUGCUGGAUCCGCUGGUCUACUGCUUCUGCAGCACCAAGUUCAAAGGGCUUUACUGCUCCACUUACUUCCCUUUCCUAGUGAAGGGCGAUCCAGCGCCGAUAGAAAGCUCAUCGGCGGGACACUCAGCUAUACCUACACGCAAUAAUGUCAUCUGAAAACAAUUUCAAAAAGGUUGAUUCACUGUUUAAAGAAACCUACCGAGAGGAUUACUACCUGAGACUGCCCCACAAAAUAUGCCGAUUUUGAAAGGGGACUGUGAAGGCAAAGUGAAGACAGUUGUUAUUUAACUCUCUAUUGAUUCUUGAAUAGAAGAAUAUACAUAUGUAAAUAAGAAGUUCUUGUUCUAGCAGAGUGUGUUGUAGAUGUACUAUAGGAGUGAUUCAAUAGAGUAUAUUAAUGUUGGGGGAUUUUAUUUUUGUGAAACAUGAGGUUCUUGUAAGGGGAAUGCCCCUCUGCCAAAGGAUGCACAUCUGUUUUCCAGUUUUUCUUGGACAGUGAGCACAUUUGAUCAUAAAAAAGAUUCUUUCAAAUGCGCAGAAGAAUGUUAUCCGUCAAAUCAAAUUAACCUCACGCAACCUUUAUCUGAGCUUCCACUGAGUUGCAAGCAUGAGUGAUUAAAGCCAUCCUUUAAAGCUCAAUCCAGGGACACACAUUUUCUACGAAGCUGCAAAUGGGAAGAAAUAUCUAAACUAAGGACAUUUAAGAAGGUUUUAAAUGUGAAGAGGUCCUUCCCCUACUACCAUAAGACUUCACCCUAAAGGCCCAUACAGGAAGCUGAUCCUUACUGUGGAUUUAUGGAUGGAAUAUAACUGUCUAUGCUGUAUGAGAGAGAGAGAGAGAGGUUUAUAUUAUACUGUGCAUAUUUUCUAAUAAUAAAAUUGCUGUAAACUGUC